AAAAUCAUGAAGAAGCCUACAAUUAAAAGAAGCUUAAAAUAGACAGCACACGAAUGUGGACACUUAGUAUAUCACAAUCCACAUUUCCCACACAAAGCCUUUCUUUCCCGAUCCUUUUCGUUUAAUUUCCUUUUGCUUUCUCAACUUUUAUCUCGAGAUUUAUCGAUUAAUCUUUCCAUAGCUGCAAUUAAUCCUUUCUUGAUACACAUUAAUUCCCAUUUGAUCAUCAAAACCCCCCAAAAAAGAGUGUCGAAAACUCUUGAAAAGAUAGAUAUAUAUAUAUAUAUAUAUAAUACACCAAUCAAUCAAUCAAUCCAAUGAUUAUGAAACCCUCGAUUCAAGAUCACCACCCCCACCCCCACACCGAUCUCCAAUGAUCAUGGCAUUAGAUAUUCUUGAUGGGGCACAAUUGCAGAAGGGAUUGUGUCAUCGCUCUCAUCGUGUUGAAUGCAUGGCUAUGGCAGCUCGUUGAGGGAUCAUCAAUAUCAUCAUCGGAGAGGGAUUCAUUUCUCUACGAUUACGCGUUCAAGAAGAUCAAGAAGCUCCGGUCGGGGGAGGUGUACGACGUCGCCCCUCCGGCCAACUUCUCCGGCGUGGAGGUGGCCGUGGCCCGGGUGCGGCGGCGCAGCCUGUGGAGGAAAGGGCUCACCAUCGGAGCCGUGGCGAUCCCGGCUCGGACGCUGCCACGGCCCUUCACAAGGAGAGUGGAUUUAGUGUAUCAGAAUCUUGGGAACUGGUCUUCACAUUACUACGACGUGCCCAACCACACCUUCGUUGCACCUGUGCUAGGGUUUCUAGCCUACGACUCCAAUGGGAGUGGGGCCAUUGAGCUGAGGGGGGGUGGUGAUGACGAUCCUUUGCUGCUCAACUUCUCGGGCGUGGCCUACGGAGGCGUGGGCGGGGCCACGAGGUGCGUUAGGUUCGACAGGGAUGGGAGGUUGGAGCUUGAAGGCACGACGAGGGGGAGCUCCUGCGUGGUGAGGGCGCAGGGCCACUUCUCCCUCGUCGUGCCUAGGAAGGCGAAGAGGGGUUAUAAAUGGUGGGUGGUGGGGGUUGGGGGGGGAGCUUUGGGGUUGGUGGGGGUGGUUUUGGUGGUGGUGGGAUGGAAGAGGUUGAACAGGAAGAAGAUCAAGAAAAUGGAGCAAGAAGCUGAGAGGUGUGUAGGGUUGGAGACUAUGUGGAUUGGGAGGAGCAGAAUGCCUUUUGCUUCAGGUAUUAGGACACAGCCAGUUCUUGAAAAUAGUUAUCUUCCUUGAGAUAUUAAUCAAAUUUUGUUAAUUGGGUUCAUGUGAAAUGGUGAAAUAUGGUGUUUUUCUUGGAUGAUGUAUUGUAUCCUAUGUUAGUGUUUUCAUGUGCCAAUAUCUAUCUUCAUUAUACUA